AUGGCAGCGAGCCAAACCGUACCAGAACUUGGUGGAUAUGACUACGAGUUCACUGUCACAGUUCCUGAUAGAUGUGAAUGUCUUGUGUGCCAUUUACCAAUGAAGGAUCCAGUUCAGAUUGUAGGAUGUGGACACAGACUCUGCAACAUCUGUAUGGAAUCACUCUUGCGACGCCCUUCGCCAUUGUGUCCAGCAGAUAGGGAACUAUUGUCGCGUGAGAAGAUAUUUCCAGAUUCUGCCCAUCGUCGCGAGAUAAUGGAUCUGACCGUGAAGUGUCCUCAUUUUGGAUGUUCAUGGACUGGAGAACUGCGUGCUGUUGAGAAACACCAGUCAGAAUGCCUGUUGAAAGAAGUGCAAUGUUCAAACUCAGGAUGUACAGAGAGGCUUACCAAGGAAGACAUGAUAGUUCACGAGUCAUUUGAAUGUUCUUGGAGGAAAAUCAAUUGUGAACAUUGUCAAGAAUCAUUCGUCUUUCAUGAAAAGCGGAAACAUUUUGGUGUUUGCCAAAAGUUUCCUGUUCAGUGCACCAACAAGUGCGGCUUGAAAGAGAUUCCACGAGAUAAGCUUGAGUUUCAUAUUCGAGAAGAAUGUCCUGAAACUAAAGUUAAUUGCGAGUACAAAAGCUUAGGAUGCGAGGCUGAGUUUCCAAGAUCGAAAACAAGUUCUCACGCAAAGUCCCAAGUUGAAAGUCAUUUAAGCUUAGCCCUCCAUUGCCUUCAAGCUACUCAGCUGCAGGUUAAGGGUCUUCUCAGCAUAGUCGAGAACCAAUCAAAGCAGAUGGGGACAAUGACGGCUGUAGUUCAGAAAAUUGCGCAUAAAGCCGAUGAUUCAUUUGUCUGGAAGAUAUCCAACUUUGAAGCCUCCCUUGAUGCAGCAAAAAGGAAAGGACGUGCAAUAAUGUUAAGUAAGCCGUUUUCUUUGUGGAAAAACGGAUAUAUGUUGAAGAUCAGAUUAGAAUUCAGAGCUCAUCCCUCGCUGUCUAGUGAGGAUUUCAUGGAACUCAAUAUUGUAGUCGUCCCCGGAGAAUUUGACCCGUUGUUAUCUUGGCCAUUCCGGGAAAAGUUGCGCUUAAGAUUGAUUGAUCAAAACCCAACAAGCGAGCAUGAGAGAACGAACUUAUCGUAUCUAUUUAACUUUGAAAGGAAAGAAAAUCAAUGUCCAAGGCCUCUUACCGAAAAAGAUGUCCUUGAAUUUGAAUGUGCUUAUGUUGCUAUAAGAGAGUUAAAAAAUAGAAAUUAUAUAGUGAACGAUACUAUUUUCCUAAUGUUUCUUGUCCAGUGCACCAACGAGUGUGGCGUGAAAGAAAUUCCACUAGACAAGUUUGAAGUUCACAUUCGUGACCAAUGUCCUAAAACUGCAGUUACCUGCGAAUACGAGAACUUGGGAUGCAAGGCUAUGGACUUUGAUGCUCAAAAUCAAGAAUUGAAUGAAAAACUCAAAUAUCAAAUGAUAGCUCAAGUUAGGGAACAGUCAGAGCAGAUAGAAAAGCUGGAGAUUACGAAUGAUCCAUUUGUAUGGAAAGUGCCCCACUUUCAUACUCUUCUUGGCAAAGCAAAAACAGGGGUAAAACAAGUUUUACUGAGUGAAUCCUUUUCUCUGUGGAAAAACGGAUACAUGUUAAGAAUCAAAAUGAUGCUUGAAAAGUUUAGUGAGUGGGGCUCAGUUUUUCUAAGUCUCUCGAUCGUAAAUGUCCCUGGAGAAUUUGACAAGUCACUAUCAUGGCCAUUUGUAGAAAAAAUACACGUAGCAAUAAUUGAUCAGAAUCCAUGCAAGGAGGAGAGCGAUAACAUGUCGCAUGUGAUUGACUUUGGACACAAACGCGACCGAGCGACUUUUAAAGCUCUUACGAUAACCGGUGACUGCGAAUUUGGUACAAUGUUUGCCUCAGCAAAUGAGUUAUAUAACAGAUCUUAUAUAGUUAACGAUGCUGUUCUCAUCACAGCAAGUACGGAAGAGGACAAAGUUCAGCCUUCAUAAGAAAGGUAAUGACUUAAAACCCAUUCA